AUGGCGUCUUCGAGUAAAUCACUGAAAGAGUAUUUGAAACGAUAUGAAGGGAUUAAUGAAGAAGAGAAGAAGAAAAAGAAGAAGAAGAAGCAGAAAAGCAAGGCAGAAGCAAUGGGGGUUUUAGUGGUGGAUGAAGACCCUGCGUGGCAGAAACCGGACGUUGAGAUUAAGAGGAUGAGGAGACUUGAAGCAUUGAGGGCUAAGCGUCCAUUUAAUGCCAUAUCUGAAGAUGGAAGUGGUUGGGUUCCAGUUGGACAAUCAUCGCCUCCUAAGAUUUCAAGUUCCGAUAUAUCUCCACCUCGUAGACAGAGGAUUAAUUCGGAACCUGGAUCAAUGUCUCCGGGAGAUAGGGGAGAAGAUGUUGACUUGUCACCUCCACGGCAGAGACGGAAGCGCCACCACACUCCGUCCCCUGAACCGGCAACAAAUCAAAAUCAGUUGCCUACAGACCUUUCACCCACAAGGAAAAGUAGGAAUGUUGAUUCAGAUCUUUCUCCACCAAGGAAGAGUAGGAAGGAUGUCGAUAGAGAUCUUUCUCCACCAAGGAAGAGUAGGAAGGACGUUGAUCUUUCUCCACCAAGGAAAAAGAAGCAAGUUCCUCCGGAUUCUUUGAAAGAGCAACCGAAAGUUGGUUUGAUCUCUGGCCGAGAAAUGAGGGACGAGAUCACUAGAACUAAGAAGGAUGAGCGGUUAAGAUUUCAACAGAUGGAUCCUUCUAUAAGUGGGAGGGAGGCAGUGCCUAUAUACCGUGAUAAGAAAACAGGGGAACGCAUUUCAAAGGAGGAGCUUUUGAAAUCACAAAGGAAAGUAGAAGAAAAACCUAAGGAGAUAAAGUUGGAAUGGGGUAAAGGCUUGGCCCAAAAGCGGGAAGCUGAAACUAAGCUGGAGGAGUUAGAAAUUGAGAAGGAGAAACCAUUUGCACGGACUAGAGAUGAUCCAGACCUCGACAAAAUGUUGAAGGAGAGAGUAAGAUGGGGCGAUCCUAUGGCACAUUUGGUAAAGAAGAAGUAUUCCGAGCCAGUUCUCCCUGACUUGGGGGAUAACGAGAAAAUGAAGGAAUCUGGAUUUAUUAUUCCUCAGGAGAUUCCUAAUCAUAGCUGGUUAAAAAGAGGACUAGAUGCUGCACCAAAUCGAUAUGGUAUAAGACCAGGAAGACAUUGGGAUGGAAUUGAUCGCAGUAAUGGAUUUGAGAAGGGAAUGUUUAAAAGGAAGAAUGAUAAACAAGCUACGGAGGCGGAAGCUUAUCUUUGGUCUGUGGCAGAUAUGUGA